AUGCCACAACCUUCUACAAAUUGGAGUGCAGUAGUUGGUAACAGGUUGAUAUUUGAACAUCAACAACUGCAGAAUGAGGCACAACAGGCAGAUGCAGAAAUUAUUAUUGAUCGCCUCAACAAUGAUCAACGAAUAGCUUAUGAUGCAAUCACUUCGUCAGUCUUUGAAAAUAAGGGAACUAUUUUCUUUUUGAAUAGAGGUGCCGGAACAUGGAAAACGUUUUUGUACAAUGCGAUUGCAUUGAAGUGUCGCAGCGUUGGCCAAAUUAUUAUUACUGUGGCUUCAUCUGGAAUUGCAUCAUUGUUAUUGGUAGGAGGUUGUACUGCUCAUUCAACAUUUUCCAUUCCGUUUGAUGUAUUGGAAAAUUCAAUUUGUGGAUUUAGUAAGCAAUCAUUACAAGCAGAAUUGUUUAGAGAAACAAAACUUAUAAUCUGGGAUGAAGUUCCUAUGCAGCAUAGACAUUGUGUUGAGGCAGUUGAUUGCACACUUCGGGACACUUGUGAUAGUGAAAAGCCAUUUGGGGGUAUCACUGUUGUUCUUGGUAGAGAUUUUCGACAAAUCUUACCAGUUAUAACCAAAGGAGUCCGUGAGCAAAUUGUGAAUGCAUCAUUAAGACACUCUUUUCUAUGGAAGGAUAUACAUGUUCUGUCUUUAAAUUUGAACAUGCGCUUGAAUCAUGCAAAUCUUGGAAAUGUUAAUUUUGCAAAAUUCUCGAUGUUGACUUACUACAAGCUUAAUCAAGGGAAGAUCCGUGCUGAACUUUACCAAGAUUUGACAGAUAUUGAUCCAAAUGACCUUUAG